AUGCCGCCACCCCUGAUGCAGGAGGGUGCAGGCAGCGAGAGCUCGAGCAUCUCCAGCCCGCCGCAGUCGCCCCCGCAAAACGUCGGCGACGAAAUCACCGUCGCCCGUCGCUUUCCCCCAACAUCUGCUCUUGGUGAAGGUGUUGUUAACUCGGCUUCGGCACAUCCCGCGCAGCCUGCUCUGUCACAUAAUGCCACUGCACACAAUACCAACGGCGCUCUGUCGAAUGCCGACUCUACUGCCAAGCCCAAGAGACAACGCAAGGCACCUGCGAAAACACUCGAUGGCAAUGACAAGCCCGUCAAGGAGAAGAAACCCCGCAAGCCGCGCGAGCCCAAGGUCAAGAAGGAGGGCGAGACGACAGCGGCACCGCGAAAGAGGCAGAAGACUGAAGACAAGUCGACGCCCGCCCCCGUCACUGCCGCCGACGCGCCUGCCGGCCCGCGCCAGUCCACCCUCACGGAAAUGGUCUCGCACUUUCAACCCCCCGGCCCGCCCGCGAGCGCACCUCCGCCGUCGCAACACCACCAACCAACCCUCCCCUCGCAGCAGCAAUAUCCACCGCCGCCGCCUCGAUCUCAACAACCAACACCGUCCGACAGCAUGCCAAGAAGCAGUCUACCACCACACACUCAACCGCACACUUCUAACCCGCCGACGCCGCGACCAUUUUCCAGCGGACAGAACUACGAUCCCAUUCGCGGUUCCACCAUCGACUCUGCACCCCCGCGGACAUCUGUCGCAGCAAACGGCGCACAUUCAGCACAAGCAUCGCCACACAUCAACCGGGCAUCUGCAUCACCUUCAAUAACGAGCCUCAUUGACCCACAUCCAGCCACGACUACUUCUGCACCUGUCGUUCCUUACUCUUCACAAACAGCAACAAUGCACUCGCAACAACACCAACCGCCGCCGCCCUUUGUCCCCUCUCAACAACAAUCGCCGACACCGCCGCGAGCUGCUCCAGUACAAGUAGCAGCCCCAACCCCUCCAGCUCAACCGACUGCAGUUGUCAAGCCGAUCGGCACCGCCAUGGACGGCGCCAUGGAUAUUGACAGCCCUGCAUGUGGUCCGCUCUCCAAACCUGAUAUCAAGAUCCAAUCCAAGUCAUCAUCUUCAGCACCCACUCCGAAGCCAGGACCUGUCAAGGCCAAUUCACCACCCAAGGCGACAGGCAGUGGUUUGUUGUCGAGUAGUGACUUGUUUGGCGGACCAUCAUCGAAUCAAGGCACAGAUCGCAAGGGCAUCGACAUUGAAAUCCGCAUCUCACUCAACCCCAACGGCGGCAACCAGGUCAACAUCGCACAGGAGAUCGCCAAGAAGUACGGUAGGGAUGCUAUCAACCCUCGAGCUGCUGCACAUCGUGAGGCCCUAUUGCGAGUCGCUGCCGCAGCAAACAAAAUUGACGGUGGUUCAGCAGAUGAUAUGUCGGUUGACUUGAUGUCGGAGAUGGAUGGUGAUAGCAAUGUGGAGAUGGGCGGCGUCGACGAAGAGAAGAGCAACACCGGCGCAGACGACAAGCCUGUUCGAAAGCGGAGAAAGAAGGUUGAGGAGUAUGACAAGGAGGACGACUUCAUCGACGACACCGAGCUCGCAUGGCAAGAGAAGGCAGCUGUUGCCAAGGACGGCUUCUUCGUCUACUCCGGCCCUCUCGUCCCAGAAGGUUCAGCAGCACAGGUCGAAUCCAACGCACCAACCCGUGGCGGUCGAGGCGGGCGUAGAGGCCGUGGCCGUGCAGCAGCAGCGGCAGGUACUACACACGCACAGUUGGCCGAGAAGAACAAGGACCCGAACGCUCCUACUGGCAGAGGUCGUGGGAGGGGCCGUGGGACUGGUGCGCCUAGGAAGCCGCGAAUCACCAAGGCCGACCGCGAGCGCAUGGAAGCUGAGAAGGCGGAGCGGGAGAGAGCUGCUGGUGGUGGUACGAUGGGACCUGCCAGUACACCUGCGAUGGGAUCUACUCCGACUCUUGUCGUCUCACAACAACCACACAAUCAUUCGAACGGUCAUUCCGCUACUCAGCUCGGCCCAGGCGUAUCUGUCUAG